AUGACGGCUAGCGUAGUACGAUUCUCUCUCUCCGGUGAAGCAGAAGGAAUCCACAUGAACAAGAAUGAUAAUCAUGAUUUGAGCGUAUCUGCGAGUUGUCGGUGUCAAUUGAAUUUCGAUGAAAACGACGAACCUUUGGAGGACAUCACAACCAACUUGAUUCCAUAUUUAGGUCGGGAAUUUGAGAGGGAAGAAGAUGCCUACAAAUUCUAUUUAGCAUACGCUAAAAUAAUAGGCUUUGGUAUAAGACACAGUUCAAAACAUGAUGACAAAGAUGGUUUUUUACUGGAUAAAGUUUUUUGUUGUAGUACACAGGGUGAAAGGGGAAAAGACAAACAUGAUGUUUAUGUGAAACGUAGCCGUUCUUUAACGAGGUUCGGUUGUGAAGAGAAAUUAAGGAUAAAAAGGGCAGCAAAUAGAAAGUUUGAAGUGAUAACUUUUAUUAGUGAGCAUUGUCAUCCUCUUGCAAGUCCAAAGAAAACUCACUUAUAUAAAUGCCAUAGGAAUAUUUCUGUAGCUGCAGGCUUACACAUUGAGAUGGCAAAUAAUGUGGGAAUCCCUCCAAAGGCAUCACAUGCUCUAAUGGCCAAACAAAUCGGUGGCGGGGACAAUCUUGGUUUUAUUCCUUAA